UUUGAGUUUUAUUUUCUUUCUUUUUCUCUGUCGCUUUUUCUUUCUACUUUCAGUUGAAUUUUUUUUCCAUCUCAACUUAAGUUGUUUUUUUAAAUCCAUGAAUUCAUCUGAUUAAUUGUUCUAAUUAAUUGAAAGGCUUUUCAUCGGACAAAUCAACAAUUAACUCAAGAUGUGACACACAUACACCUUAACCCACCAGGAAGACAUUUCUCUUGUUCUUUCUGCUCUCUCUUUCGGUUUUUCUCUUUUCUUUUUUCGAUUAGAUUAUUUCUAAUCAAAAAUUUUAAUCCCAACAAUAAGUUAUCUCUUUAAUCAAUUACCAUCCUGUGGACAAUUCAUCUUCAGGCCUUCGCAUCGCCACCAGUGUAAUAGCAACAAUAACAAGACAUCUACUACACACUAGUCUCAAUCUCAUUCUUCAUCAAAAGUUUCCAGACUUUUCCUGGUUUUCUGUUACAGAUGAAGUGCAAAAUAGUAUCAACAACAGAUCCACCAGCCAAUAAGUCCAAUAGGUUGACUCGGACAUCAUCUGCUAGUAGGACAGUUAAACCAUCAACAUCUUCCUCGCAUGGAAACAAUAAUUUUAAGAUCAAAUUGAAACAUGGCUAUAGUCCAAAUCGAAGCUCCAAUUCUAAUAUGCAUGGAUGUAGAACCCAAACUAGAUCAUCAACAUCAUCAGCUACUUCAACUUCAAGAGGAAACAGUAGAAACCAUGGGAAUACCACCACCACCCCGACCACCGCCACCACCGCUGCUGCUGCUACUACAACCAGUAGUAAAGAAAGUGCCAAGGAAAUGAAAAAAUCAAAAGAUUCUGGUGAUCAUAGAUGUAACUGUAUCUGUGCAAACUGUGGUCUUUUCAUUGAUGAUUCAGGACCAAUUGACAAGCAUCGCCAUGAUGUUUCCCUUAUCAGAGAACCUAUUAAUUUAGGUACCAAAAAUGUUCGCCAAAUUUUACAAUGUGUUCACAAUGGAACUCCCGAGAUAAAAGAUAUUAUUUUAAAUGAAUGUAACAUAAUCUAUGAAUGUCGAAUAUGUCGAAAUCUAUUCCGUAGUUUGGCUAACCUGUUAUCUCACAAAAGAUAUUAUUGUAAAGACCAUAAAUGUGAGAGUAUGUUGCUUUUUGACGAUAAACAUUUAACACGUGGAUUACCUGAAGAAGAUGAUGAUUUUAUCUUAGCCAAUUUUCAAUCAAAUGUUCCAAUUGAACCAGAAAAUGUUACAAAAAGAGCUAAUAACAAGACUAAAAGUGAUCUACAUACACCACCACCACCAACAACAACAACAACAAAGGCCAGAAACCGAAGGAAACAAGAAACUACCUUUGCUGGUCCAAUUGAUCAUCGAGAUGAACCAUCACCAUUAUUAAUCAAUUCUGUUCAAGAAAGCAAACCAUCAACAGCAGAUGAAAUUGAUUGUUGUAUUGUUACGAAAAAAGUUAAACCUGAAGUUGUUGCUUCUAAACGUAAACACUUGGAAUCGUGUGUUAACAAGCUGUUACAUGAGAAGUCAUCACCAAAGGUGGAUCAAUUAACAAUCCCUCAAGCUGAUGAUGAAAUUGAUGGAAUAAAAGUUUUUAAAAACUCAGAAGAAAAAAUGAAUCAACCAUCGUUAAAGAAUCAAUGAAUUGAUGAUGUUCCAAAUAAUAGUCAAAAUGAACAAAGAUCAACAUUGUCGGUUAUCAGUCCAAAUGGUAAAAUUGAAGAUAAUCCAGUUAAAGAAAUUGUAAAUUCUAUUUCCACCUCAUCGAUAAAUGCAACAACUACAACAACAACUCUUUGCAACACAUCAACAAUCAAAACCAUAACAACGCCAAUAGUAAAAACUUCAACAACUUGUGUUGUUUUUAAUAUUGAUGAAAAUGCUAAUCAUCCAGUUGCUGGUGAAGAAAGUGAAUCAAAUAUACAAGAAAUUGUUAGUUAUCCUCAGUCAAUAUCCUCCUUGGUCUCAGAUGAUGGUGACUGUUCCCAUAUGAGUGAAACUUUCCCUUCUGAAGUUAACAGUGAAAUGGAUAAUGAAUCAAUUGAUGUUGAUGAGGAUAUAAUAACCAUUAAUAACAAAGAGGCAAGUCAACAAUCACUAAUUAUAUCAACAUCUUCAUCAUCUUCUUCUCCAUCUUCUUCUAUUCGUGAACAUCCAUCUAAUCGUAAUAAACCAAAAACCUUUGACGAUACAUAUGAAACAAAACCUUCACCCAUUUCCACUGUUCCUUGUUCAAUGUGUACCUCGAAAUUUAGCUCGAAAAAGACGUUAAAUGUUCACAUUCAAACGAUUCACAAUGUUCAACGAUUAAUUUAUCCCUGUCCUUUUUGUUGUUUAACAUUUAAACAGCUAUUCAAUGCCACCCGUCACAUGAUCCAAGUCCAUCGAAAGGGUAAAACUCAGGUCAAAUUUUUAAGGGAAGCGGUUAAAAGGCGAGCCUAUCCGGAAGUUAAAUCUGAUGAAAAUGGAGAGGAAACGGUCAAAGAUGAAGAUGAAUUGAUUGAUAACCCGAUUGCUGAACAACCACCCAUGGAAAAUCUGGAAGAAGAAGACGAGGAAGAGGAAGGAGAAGGUGAUGAUGAGAAUGAUGAAGAAGAUGAUAGUGAAGAUAAAGUUAAUCCAGAUAAUCCAUUUAAUCUGAAAGCUGUGCCAGUGAUUGUUAAGGUUGGUAAAAAUUUGAAGAGAAAAAACUGUGAUACAUUGAAAGAAGAGUACAAAUUAUCUUCAUCUUCAUCAUCUUCUUCUACAUCAUCUUCAUCGGUAAAAUGUUCAUCAGCAUCUUCAACGGAAGCAAUUAAAUUAACAAUCAAUCACAAGCAAAAUAAUGAAAGUGAGGUUAAUCAAUUAACAGAUUUACGAUCUAAAUCUUCAUUGGAAAUUGAUAAUAAGAAAGAGACUGGAACCAAUUCAUCGAAUCAGGAAAAAGUUCGACGAGUUAAUCCGAUCAUUUUUUCCUGUAUCAAUAAUUGUGGUGAAUAUUUCAUCAAGGUUGAUAGUAAAAAUCAACAUGAGAAAAAAUGUUCCAAACCUGAUGAUGAUAAUGAUGAUGAACAAGACGAUGAUCAGGAAAAAAGUAAUUACAAUUUGACAACGGAUUCAACUUCCCAUAAUCACCACCAUCAUCAUCACCAUCACCACCGGUCAAGAGAUUCACUUGAUUUAACAAUUAUAACCGAAUCAAUAUACAAAGAGCUUGAAAAGGUUGGCAAUCUAAUUACACGUCGGUGUAAUCAUUGCCCUGAUUUACAAUUUAAAACAAAAUCACUUCUCAUUCAACAUUUGAUUGUUCAUAUUGGUUAUGAAGUUUUGAAGUGUAAAAAAUGUGCCUAUCAAACGUUAAAUCGGACCGAGAUGGACAAUCAUCUGGGCAGUGCUCAUGGUACACCGGAGAUAUUAAGAGGAAGGCAAAUAGUAAAUCUUUCAACAUCACUUGCCAACGAUACCAAUGGGUCAAUUGCUAAGAAAAUCUCAUCUCGAGUUGAAUUAACGGAGGACAGUCAAGAAUCAACUAGAGGAAAUGUCGAUGAAACUAAAGGUUCAUCAGAGAAAUCAAAUUCGUCGAGUAUUGUCCUACAUUUAAGGCCGAAAUUAAGUCGAAGUAGGAAGAAGAAAAAAAUUUACGAAAUUGUUGGAGAUUGAGUUUAUAGUUUGAAUGAAGAAAAUGAAUUAAAUAAUUUGUGGUCGACACUCGCAUGCAAUCAAGCAAAAACAUUCUGAUGGUCUGGAAAACAAUUAGCCAAAGUGAUUAACUUUAAUUGUUUUACAAAUCAUGUAUUAGAUGAUUUAAAUUAAUUUUUCUACCUGUUAUAUCAACCCUUUAAGUAUCCAUACAAAAGUUAAAGUGCAACCAAAAUCCACCAAUAAGAAAUCGGAGAAAUCAACAAAUCAACCAACCAAUUAACCAAAAUGGAUACACAGUUAUAUUAAAUAUACAAAUCAUCAAUCCUAAUUAUAUUAUAAAAUCAUUAUCAUUAUUAUUAUAUUUUAAUUAACUCUUUCCAAACUCUCAGAAAUGAAAGAUAAUAUAAUCAAAUGUGAUAUAUGAAAACAAAAGCAAAUACCUAAAUUCCCAUAUCCUCAAUUUUUAAUUGUAAAAAAUUAAUUAAUCAUAAACACAGGGUCAUGUUCAUAUUGAUACUAUUGAUUAUUUGUAAAUAA